AUGGCAAGCGCGGCCGCAAGCACUGGCUCGCCCGAGCUGCUGGCGGACGAUGUGCGUCUGCCCAAGGAGCAGCCAACGUCGGCGUUCUUCGAGUCGAGAACCUUUCGCCUGAUCUCCAUUGCCAUCUAUCUGGGCGGCAUCAGACUCCGGCAUGCCGGACAUUCAUCUCAGGUUUCCCGUCUCCAUUGGCGGCCAGCCGGUGCAGAAGGUGCACGAGUACCAAGAGACAAAAUUGUGAUACCCGAAAAGAUUGCCAUACGCCUAUUAAACUCAUCGGAAGUCACCGCAGAGCAGUUCUACAAGCACAUCCUCGAGCAGUAUCGCAUCCUGAACCAUUUGCAAAUGCAGCGCCAGCAGUUCCUGCAGAAGCAACAUCUACAGCUGCAGCAGCUGGAGGCGAGCAAUCGCUUCCAGGAGGUGUUCGCCACGGCCACCAUUAUACAGGCACAUCCACAUCCGCAUCCGCACUUGCGUGAGCCGCUCAAGAAACCACUCGUCGCCCACUCCAACAACAACAACAACAACAACAGCAGCAGCGGCAGCAGCAUUCCGGGCGCCUAUCGCCUGGAGCCGCCGUCAAAUGUGGACAGAUCGGCGCACCACAUGCCCCUGGUGCUGGAUACAUCCCCGCCGGCGGAGGGCAUGGCACAUCUGAAACGCAAGAGCCAUCGCGCUGGCCACUACAAGCAUCAUCGUGGACGUUCCGGCGGCAUUGGGCAGAAAAAGCAGCCGGAACGCGGUGGCUCCGCAUUGCCGGCCAGCAGCACAGCCUCCGCCGGGUAUGCGCUGGGCGAGCAGCCAACGGCGGCGGCACCACACGGCUAUAUGGACACACCGCUGAAUCCGGCAGCCGGCACCAUAGUGCAGCAGCCGCUGCAGCUGUACACCUCGAUGCCCAUACCGCUGAUCCUUAGUCCGAGCAACAGCGAGAAGCGUUCGCCGCACCACAGCCACAGUCAUGCGCAUGGCGAGCGACGCGGCCUGGGUGGUGCCCAGGUGCGACGACGCACCACCACGGCCACCGUGUCCGGCUAUGAUGCGCAGACCUACCUCAAUCCGUUCCUCACCGGCGAGCUAAUCUUCGAGAAGUAAGCGCUGCAAAUGUUGCCCCAUUAACACACACACACACACACACACACACAAAGCGUUGAAUAGUUGGCCAAAGUUUAGCUAAAGAUACUUUACUUUAAGCAUCUGGCAUGCACCAGAUGGCUGGAAAAUUCUGGCACGGAAUUGAGACUCGGACACUCUCAUAUCACAAGUACUACUAUACUAUAUUCCCAAAGCAACGGCAGAUGCGUCAAAUACACCUAUACACACACACACACACACAUAUAUAUAUAUAAAGUAUAUAUCAGAGUUGAAUGUGACAGGGGUUUCCACUAGGUUAUUCUCUUCUAUGUAACAAUGGAGAGCUCUUCUAGCUGCUUGACUCGACUGUGAACAGUGAAAGGGGCAGCUUUUCUCAACUGCCUUGUAAAGUUCAUGUUAGUUGAAAUGGUUUUGAUUAAGAAGGUUUUCAGAUUGGCAACGCAGUCAACAAGUUUUCAGAACGCAGCUACAAGGCGGCCACAUUGUCAAUCUGACUUGCAGAAUAUUUACAAGGCAGAUUAACUAGCUGCUAAAUCUAGCUGCUGGUAAAUUUCACCUGUUAAAUACUCGAAAUACUCAAAUUCUAUUUUUCCCUCUAAACUGUUUGCAGUAAUGCAUACACUUAAAAAAAUUGUAGGGAACUAAGUACUAAGUAUUAGUAAUCCUAAAUACCAAAACAAACAGCAGAAAGCACGAUAUACACAAAUCUUUAAGGUUAAUUGUCGUACAGAAGCUGUUUGAUUUUUGUAAAGGUGGCAACACUGCCAUGCCAAAAUUUGAUAUUAAACUUCAUGUUAAAACGGCACCUAACUCUAACAGGAGCUUGAAAAAUAUGUUGGAAACGCAGCCCAGUGGAAACGAGCCACUAUUUAUACGACAUUAAUUGGAUAAGCCCAAUCUAUAGAAUCGUUUUUGGCUAUACUAAAGGGUUCUAUUGAGGAACCCAGCCCCAAAAUUUGUGCUCAAAUAAUUUGUAAACCAGAGAAGAAAGCUAAAAACUCUGAUAAAUACCACAAACAUAACAAUAAACACACCUUCACUACGUAUAUAUAUAUAUAUAUAUAUUUAACUAUAUCAAGAAAAAAAAAAGAAAAAAAAACUAUAUAGAGGGGCAUUACUUAACCUACUUUCUAGAACCAAAGCACACACACACACACACACACACAGACAGACAGACACGUUCACAACAAAGGCAGAACACGGCGAACGCAAUACUCAAUAAUAGUUAUAGUUAAAGGUAAAAAUAAAAGAAAUAGUUAAUUACGAUAGUUAGGUACUUGUAUACAUAUGUACCUAGACGGGACCCACUCCAAAUAGAGCGUCACUCGCAGCGGCAAGCAACGACACCCCACCUAGGACACUGCUUUAAGGCAACAACAAUAACUAAGUAGUUAAAAACAGAAACAUAAACAAUUUAGCAUAACCAAAACAAUACACUCUCACAACAAUUCACAAAACUAUAUAUCUAUAUCUAUAUCUAUAUCUAUAUAUAUAUAUAGAUCUCACGGCAUUCGGAGAGGGUUCAGCUUGGCAAAUUGCAUGAAUAUUUCAUAGAUUGAACACAACAAUUGAUAACGUUAACAAUUUAUAUGGUAUUUGUAUAUAACAUUGAAGGUGCACAGCACACUAUAGCUAUAUAGAGACGAUAAUAUACACAUAUACAUACAUAUAUACAUAUUAACCAUAUUCCGAGUUUCAUAUUCGAGGCGAAUCCUGCGAAACCGAGACCAAAGUUUCUGCCGCCCUCAAAAGUAUGCUAUGGAUAUUUGCAUAAAUAUUAUUGGAUGAAGCUCGUACAUGUGCAUGUACAAAAAUAUAUAUAUGUGUGUGUGUUUUUUAUACCUUUUCUUAAAAGAAAACAAUAACAACAACAACAACAGCAACAAGAAACAAAAAUGUUCUUCAGUUGAGAUUUGCGACUUGGCAGCGUUGAAAAUUAGCGAAAGAAAAUUAAACGUUUUUUUUUCUGUUUUUUUUUCUUAGUGAAAUUUGAUCAAAAAAGGGUUUUUGAUACAAUGUUUGUUCCUAAAAACAAAAGGUUACGUUUCCAGAAAGUAAACCAAGAACAAUAUAUACAUACAUACAUAUACAUAUAUAAUAUAUAUAUAUAUAUAAAUAUAUUCUAGGAUCAUCUAGUCAGGCAUUCGUACCAAAUAUAUUAGAGUAUUUCCAAAUAUAUGGAUUUAUCAGAAAGUCAAUAUUUAAAUGCGCAAAAGCAACAAACGUAAAAAUUUGAUAAAAAAAAAAAAAAAACAAGAAAACAAACGAAUUUUAUAUUCAAAUGAAAGUUUACAAUUUUCGGUAGAUAAAUGCGAAAGUUAAAGUUUUUUAAAUAUUUACUUCGGCUAGUUUGAUAGAUUUGUUUAAAAAAAAAAAUCCCUUAAAUUUUGAGUGUUCGAAUUGGCAAACACAUUCGAAUAUCCGGAAAAAAACGAAUAUUUUUUACCACGCUGAGAGACAAAGAAAACAAAAAAAAGAACAGCAAAACAAAAGUGUUUUGUGUUCGAACUCGCAACCCCAGCAUUGAACUUUACAAAUCACAUUUGAUUUUAGCUUAAAUGUUUGUCAACAAAAUAUUCACGUUUUUCAGUAUUUCGAUAAUUGUAUUUCUUUUUUUUUUUUAAUAUUGUAAAUGAGCGAGUUGCAAAUGGAAUGGAUUUGAACCGGGCACCGCACAUCUGACAAACAAAUUUAUUUAAUUCAUUUUGAUAACGUUCAUGAAAUGUUUCCAAAUCAAAACUAUUUAAAAACUUUUAGUUUUCCGAUGUGUGCGGCAAUAAUUUCGUUUCUCGUUAUAAACCAAUAAGGCAUAUCCACAAACGUACAUUCAGUUUGAUUAACUGCUGUGGCGCAGGAAAGGAGCUGCAAAUGCAAACCCCAACAAGAGGAAGAUCCCCAUAUCAUAUCCACACCACAAUCAAGGAAAGAAAAAAGAAAAAAAAAACACGCGUUUUACACAAGAGAAUUGAGUUGACGAAUAAAUGAUAAUAUAUCUAUACACAUAUAUAUAUAUAUACAUAUAUAUAUGUAUAUAUAUAUUAUAGAUAAAUAUAUAUGAAAACUAUAUGGCUUUAUGACAUAGAAUUGUAUCCUGUAAAUGUAUUUGUAUCUGAUGAACAUGUACUUGCAUAUUAAAUAACAAAAAUACACACAAACACACACACACACACACACACACACAUGUACGUUGUGUACUUAGACGAAAAAACAAGUCAUUUUGGCAAUAAUAAAGCAUAGAACAAACUAUUAAAAAAAAA